AUGGCACCAGACAAGAUGGCGCCACCAGCGUCGUCGGCGCCAUCAACAUCGACGAUGGUGCCAGACGAUGAAUUCAAGGAUAAAGAGAAAGGCAGUCCGAUCCCGGAUGCAGAAUGUCUGGCGUCAUCCAGUGAUCCGGAUGACGUGCCGCUCGACCGCGAGCCCGAGGAUCACCGCGACUACCCCGACGGCGGGUAUGGGUGGGUCAUUGUGAUCUGUGGCUUCCUGCUCAACUUCUCAACAUGGGGUGUGAAUACGGCGUUUGGCAUCUACCUCGCGUACGAUCUGGAGAAUCCUCGAUUCAAGGGGGCGCGGGAUAUCGACUUUGCCUUCAUCGGCUCUCUGUCGCUGUCGCUAGCGCUGGCCGUUGCGCCGUUUUCAAACUUUCUCGCGAGGACGUAUCACUGGCGAAUUCCGUUGAUGACAGGGAGUGUGUGUGUGACGGCGGGGCAAAUUCUGGCGGGCUUUUGCACUUCCAUCUGGCAACUGUACCUCACGCAAGGCGUGUUGUUCGCCAUUGGACUUGGAAUGACGAUGGUUGUUUCGGGGCCAAUUGUGACCCAGUGGUUUGGGUUGAAACGCGCGUUUGCGGUCGGUAUCGUCUCGGCCGGGAGUGGCGGCGGCGCCCUCUUCUUCUCCAACAUCACCCGACUCACUCUCUCCCACUUGGACCGGAGGUGGGCGUGCGUCAUCAACGGAUGCAUCUCAGCAGCAGGCCUCAUCCCCGCCAUCCUGUUCUUCAAGACGCGCUCAACGAAAUUAAAAGUCCGCUUUGAGCCGUUCCAAAUCUCCUUCUUCAAAAACCCAGGCUUCAUCUGCAUGUGUUUCUGGGGCGGCUUCAUCCUCUUUGCCUACGCAAUCGGUAUUUACACCAUCCCGCUAUAUGCCGUACAAGGGUUAGGGAUGACGCAGAAGGACGGUUCAACUCUCCAGUCCCUGCUGGCAGUGGGACAGAUUGUCGGUCGCCCACUGUCGGGAUACUUUCUCGACAAGGUGGGCCGGUUCAACGGUGCGAUUGUCACUACCCUCAUCGCGUCCAUCUCGUGUCUCGCUGUCUGGCUGGUAGCGCAGAACUUUCACGUGCUCGCCUUUGCAGCGUUUCUGCAGGGCGCGAGCUCGGGCGUCUUCUGGUCAACUUGCCAGGCCCUCCUCACCGACCUUGUGGGUAUUCGAGACAUGGCGAGCGCGUUGUCGGUGCUUUGGUUCAGCAUCGUUGCGCCAGGUAUCGUGUCGCAGCCGAUCGCGAUCUGGUUGACAAACUACUCGCGCGAUACGCUCCAUCGUACAGGAACAGCAGCGUUCCAGUACGGUAUCGUAUUCGCUGGUGUUGCAUUCUUCGCAUCCUCCGUAUCGCUCUACGGGACAAAACGAUACAUACAGGGCGACUGGAAGGUGUUCAAGAGGUGUUGA